AUUUUCCGGUAAAGUUGACCCCGCAGCAGUGAACACCUUUUUCUUUACUUCCCUCAAUACGAGGACCAACAGCCGCCUCCCGACUGCUGUCUGCUUCUUGACAAUUAAACAUGGGCGUGUUUGAGCACUGCUCCCUGCUCCUGGAGCUCAAAGCUUUGCCCCCCAAGGAGAAGAGGAAGCUGAGAUCAUCCGUCACGGACAACGGAGGCACCAUUUGCUACGUGGUCAAUGAGAAGUGCUCUCUGGUGGUGACCGGCGGUGUGGCCGACCUGAGCUCCACCCGGCUGCGCGCCGUCCAGAGGCACGGCACGCCCGUGGUGGGGGUGGACUACGUCUACGGCUGCCUGGAGAGAGGCCUUCUCCUGCCUGUGGAUGACUACAAGCUGGGGGCCUCCUCGCCUCCCCCCGCCCCCCCCUCGCCGCCGCGCCACGCGCUCAGCGCAACCACCGCCGAGCCCAGCGGGGGGCCCGUCGAGCCGGGUCAGAGCGGGCCGAGUGGAGGCGUCCGGAAGGAGUUCAGAAUUUACACUGAGACGGAUCCGGAUCUCCCAAAGUAUCCGCCCAACUUUCAAGUGGCGAAGUACUGCAUCUUUGAAAAGGUGAACGGCGGCGCCUGGUGCGUGCUGGAGCUGCAGAGCCACGCGGGAGCGAGCGGAUGUCGGUUCCGAGUGGUCCGCUACCGGAAGGACGACGUGACGGCCGAGGCGCCGGCGGCGAGGGACGUGCUGGUCUUCCUGUCGGCGUCCGAGGACGCUGUGGAGGUGUACGAGGCCCAGAGGGAGAGCCUGCAGGCCGCCGGGCUGCAUCCCAGGACCAACACCCCUCCACACGCCCCCCACCUGGGCUCCGCCCCCCUGCAGCAGCUGCUGCUGGAGGAGAGGCUGAGCACGGGGAGCUUAUCGCAGGAAGUGGGCGUGUUCGUAGAGCUGCUGUGGACCGAGGCCCUCGGUCGCCUCGGCAACAUCCUCCGAGUACCCAUCGACAAGCUGAGCCUCAACGACGUCAGCAGGGCCGAGGGCUUGUUGCUCCAGGCUCACAGCAAGCUGAGGGGGGGGGAUCACUCCGAGGUGGCGUCCCUCCUUCACGAGGUUCACACCGUCCUGUUGCACGUGGCGCCGUCCCAGCAUCCGCCCACCGCCAAGCUCAUCUCGCAGAGACUGGACCUGUGUCAGUUGAUCCGAGAUGUUCUGAACGUGAGCGAGAUGACCAUGGGGAGCUCCGCCCCCUCCUCCCUGGGGAAGUACCGCGCCAUGAGGUGCAGCAUCGACGCCGUUCCCCCCGACACCCCCGAGUUUCAGGCUGUGACGGCUCUGCUGCGGGACAGCCGGGUGCACGUCCGACAGGUUCUGCGCGUCAGCAGGGGGGCGGAGCUUCAGGCGUUUAAGAGCGAGCUGGGGAACAUUAAGCCCCUCCUCCAUUCCUCCAGCCCCAGCAACUUUGUGGGGGUCCUGUCUCGCGGUCUGCUGCUGCCCCGCGUCGGAGUGGAGCAUCAUGGGAUAGAGAGGACCGACGCGGGUAACCUGGGCAGUGGAAUCUACUUCAGCGAUGCCGUCGGCACCAGCCUGAAGUACUCCAGGCCCAGCGAGACGGACGGCGCCCGCCUGCUGCUGGUGUGCGACGUGGCGCUCGGACGCUGCAGGGACGAGCACCGCAGGGACGUCACGCUUACCCGGGCUCCCGAGGGACACCACAGCGUGCACGGCGUCCGCCGCACCCCCGACACCCGCUCCGAGUUCGAGGACGACGAGUACGUGGUCUACAGCCCCGAUCAGGUGAAGCUCAAGUACGUGGUUCAGUUCGCCGUCGAGGGCGACCCCCUGAAGGAGUUCAGCCCGGCCAUCGACACCUCGGCUCAGCCGGCUGCGCCUCCUUCUGACCGAGGUUGGGAGGACGGGGAAGACGUUGACGACAUUCCGAACCCUCUGGCGGAGGUGAAGGCCGGACUGUUGGACGUCUCGGGUCAGCAGCUCCCCCUGGAGGCCGUGCACGUGAAGUGCAGACUGAUGGAUCUUCUCUCCCAGGUCGUCAUCUUCCAAAAAUACACCAACCGGAGCUCCGUGCCCAUCGAGGCCAAGUACGUCUUCCCGUUGGACGAUUCUGCAGCGGUUUGUGGGUUUGAAGCUUUCAUCAAUGGGAAACACGUGGUGGGCCAGGUGAAGGAGAAAGAGGCGGCUCGGAGGGAGUACAAGCAGGCCGUGGAGAGAGGCCACGGAGCCUACCUCAUGGACCAGGACGCCCCGGACGUGUUCACCAUCAGCGUGGGAAACCUGCCGCCCGGCGCCUCCGUCCUCAUCAAGGUCACCUUCGUGUGCGAGCUGGUCGUCAGGGACGGCAGCAUCCUCUUCUCUCUGCCCGCCAGCGUGGCCCCGUGGCAGCAGGGGGCGGCGCUCAACCAGACCACGCAGGUGACGGUGGAGAAGGUGUGCGUGACUGAUGAGGCGAGAGAGUUCACGCUGGACGCGUCAGUCGAGAUGCCCAAUAAGAUCGCCCACCUGCAGUGCAUCACUCACAAAGUCAAGAUCAAGAGGACGGACUGUAAGGCGGUGGUGAGCGUGCUGCCGGGUGAGCUCAUGGGUGGAGACGGUUUCCAGCUGUCAAUCACUCUGUCUGAGGUGCACCUGCCCAGGAUGUGGGUGGAGAAACACCCCGACAAGGACAGCCAGGCCUGCAUGUUGGUGUUCUAUCCGGACUUCCAAGUGGAGUCCUCGUCGGCCCCCGACGAGGUGGUCCUCCUGGUGGACUCGUCCGAGUCCAUGAAGGGGGAGCCCCUCCUCGCGGCCCGCAGGCUCGCCCUGCAGGUCCUCAAAACCCUCGGCCCCCACCUCAGGGUCAACGUGCUCUUCUUCGGGACGGAGCACACGGAAGCUUUCCCGGCGGCUCGGCCGCUCGGCGCCGCUCGCCCGGACGCAGAGGUCAUGGUGAAGCUCACCCCUCCAGCAGGGGGCGGCACCGAGCUGUGGCGGCCCCUGAGGGCCCUGGGCCUGCUGCCCCCGUCCCGCGGCGUCAGGAACCUCCUGCUGCUGUCGGACGGCCACGUGCAGAACGGCGAGCUCGCCCUGCGGCUGCUCCGGGACGGCGCCGCGCACACCCGCCUCUUCGCCUGCGGCCUCAGCCCAACAGCCAAUCGGCACAUGCUGAGAGCCUUGGCCCAGGCGGGGGGCGGAGCCUUUGAAUUCUUCGACGCGAAAACCAAACACAACUGGGCGGAGAAGGUGGCGCGGCAGGUGAAGCGCAUGGCUUCCCCCGGCUGCAGCUCGGUGGCGGUUAAGUGGCAGCAGUUCAGCCCGACGGCGCCCUCCCCGGUCCAGGCGCCCCAGCAGCUCCACGCGCUGUUCAACGACUGCCACGCGCUGGUCUACGGCUUCGUGCCGCACUGCACGCAGGCCACGCUGCUGGGAAACCUGAGCGGCCAGGAGCUGAAGACCAUGGUGUCGACCAGCGAGCUGCAGAAGACCAGGGGCACGUUCCUCCACAAACUCACGGCGAGGGCCCUCAUCAGGGAUUACGAAGACGGGAGCCUGGACGGCGACGAGGCCCAACACGAGGGGAGGAAAGCGGAGCGAAAGCGCUUCAUCGUCGAGUUAAGCAAAGAGUUCUCCAUCCUGUCUCAGUUCACCAGCUUCGUGGCCGUCGAGGAAAGGGACUCGGCACAAACCGAGGAGGGCGUCACAGACAUCCCCAAGUUGAUCUCCGAGGAAGACGUGGACUUCCUCCCCUACGUCGCCUGGACGUCUCCUGGCGACGAGGACGUGUCCCCGGAUCAAUACUGUCCAUCGAUGGAAGAAACGGAGGGUGAUUGGAUGGAACGUAUGUUCGACUACAGCAAUGAUAGGCAAGAGGAAGAGGCAUUAGGCUCGUGUAUGUGGUCUGCCGAUAUGAUGAUGAGUCACAGCUGCUCUACAAGCUCUUCACCAACGGAGUUCUUAACGGAGAAGAGUGAGGGCUUCAGUGCAGCUUUUUCCAUAUAUAACCAGUCCAUGCCUCUCUCUAGAAGGGAACGAGGUUCACUUGGGGAACCCCAAAAUUUAACCUGUUUAAAACGAUCUGCAGCCCUCUCCUUCGUUCCUCCUCGUCCUCUUUCGUACCAAGGUCCACUUGGGCAACCCCAGUCUGCAGCCCUCUCCUUCGUUCUUCCUCAUUCUCGUCGUCGUCCUUGUUCGCUCCAAGGUCCAGUUGGGGAACCUGCAGCCCUCCCCUUCGUUCCUCCUCCUCCUCCUCAUUCAUUCCAAGGUUCAUUUGGGGAACCCAAACCUGCAGCCCACCACCCAAUGUGGGCCUCUCUUCGUUCUUCCAGGCCAGAUCUGGCUUUGAGUUCAUCCUCCUCUGGCCCACAACCUGUCAAACUACCAGAAGGUUCCGUUCUAUUCGGUUCAGCAUGGGUUCCCUCCACGUGCAGCAGCAUGGUAGGUGGUGAGGUUGAGUCUCCCAGCGAGGGAUUAGAAAUGGAGAUUUCGCCGUCGUCCUUGGAUUUUUCCAUCAAACGGUCGCUUUUCCUCUGCGCCCAGUCCCCCGAAAAGGAGCUGUUAGAAUGCUCGGGUUUAGGUUCCAGUUCCAAUGGCUCUAUGGCUGGAUUGCAAUCCCUCAAACAAGCUUGGCCAAUGACAGUAGGCCCUCCGGUUCCAGUUCGCCCAAAAGCAAAAUGUCUCUCAAGGAGAUCAAGAAGAGCUUCAAACUUGCCGGAGGUCGAAGGCUUGUCUGUGAGCGAAAGCCUCCCUGUGUCCGAGAGCCUCCUCUCGGACACAACUCCGGGGUCUUGGAUGAUGAGGGAUAUUCCAUUUCAAGCUUAUUCAUCUACAGCCCACCAGAGUCGACCCCGGAUGGGCGUCACAGCUGAACGGCGGUGCCUCAAAUGGACAAACGUCUUCCAGAUGCAACAUUCGGAGGGCUUCUGGGAGCUGACCACACAGCUGGGUGAACUCGUCAAUGUCGACGUAGACCUCUUUGCCAACGAGUUCCUGAAAGGCAAGGGCAUCCAGUCUCUGGGUGCGAGGGCCCACGCCGACAUCCUCAGGCUGCUGGCGACCCUUCUGGUCCUGCAGCUGAUGAGGGUGGAGAAGCUGGAGGAGGGCAAACUGCUGCGCACGCUCUUCAGCCUGGACGAGUGCCCCCCGCCCAGGCCCCCGCGGUGGGAGGAGGUGCAGCGGGCGGUACACUGGGUCCGCUGGGCGGACCGUCAGUACCCGAGCGUCUACAGCCGGCUGGAGUUUGGUCUGAGCUGGGAGACCUCCACCCGGCAGCUGCUGGGCUUUGAGGGCCUCCCGCCCUUCUCCGCUCUCAGGGGUCUGAAGCUGCAGCUUGUGGCCCUCUGAACGGAGGAGAGUCGCCAUGAAUGAAAGAGAAGAUUAGCUUUCAUUUCCACGAGCAGAUGUUUUCUGAUUUUCUGCAGUAAUGUGAUGCCUCUAAUCAGGGGGGGGGGGG